CGAUGGAUAUUCUUCUCAGUUGCAUUGCGCUCGCGAUUACGUGCAACUGUUCUGAUCGGUUGCACUAUUGGUUUAUUUUAUUUUUUUUUUGUAGUUACUAUACUAUAUAUCUCCUGAAGGGAGGACUAAAAUUCUUAUAAUGUUCGUUUAAGUGCAAAAGUUCGAGUAGCUAGUUAUCCCCCAUCGUGUUGUCUUUGUUUUCGAAUCGGAAAUUAUCUGAAAUUUUACGUAAAGUUUCCAACAUAACCUACAAAAUUAUCCGUUGUUGAGUGUUUUGUGAAUCAAGUUAGAAGAUAGAAGAGAUAUUCUGUCAUCCCAAAUCCCAGUGUAAACAUCAACAAGAAAAUGGAUCAGUAGAAUGAAUGGGAAUGUGCCCAACUGAUAGGCACAAGUGUCAACAACAAAGCGAAAAGCGGCCAAGAACCAAAAUUUGGUCAUAAAUUAUUCGGGACAAGUGCAGUCCGCCAUGAAUCUGUACACCAUAUACGAUUGGAUCACUUCGCUGCUCCGUCCGCACAGCGCCAGUGUCAGCUUCAAGGCGAUCGAGGCGGCGGCGGCCGAAGAGUUGCCAGCAACAUCUGCGGCAGCAACAUCUGGAGGAACAACAUCUGCCGGCUCAGCAACAUCCCGGAGCACGGCAAAGAAAUCCGGCGGAGAGACCUGUUUCACAGUUGAUUUCGUGCCGACGCUAGAUUUUGAAUUCAAGCCAACCUCGGAGCAAUUGCAACAUGAUACCAGUGGGUCUGAUGAUGGCCCUGCGGCAGAUUACGAGUCCGACUCCGGCGAUAACGAUUCCACGCACACGUACAUAAUCUCGAGGAGCAGCUGGACGGGAGUCACUUCGAGCAGUACCCCAUAUGCUGUGAGCUCCACAGAUACCGCCGAGCUAAUCAGAAGACAGAACAAUCUCAGUCUCACGGAGGAGGAUCAGUCGGUGUCCUCGUUUAGCAUAGAACCACCCACCAGUUCCAUGACCAUUGACAUGGCCGAACAACAGACCACCACCACCACGACAACCACAAGCAGUGCCGAUGUGGGGGCCACCACAGUGACCACAACGACGGCCACGACCACCAGCACCAGUAGCAUCGAGGAGGACAUUGAGGAGGCCAUCGAGAUCAGUGAGGUGGAGGAGCAGCUGGAAACUCCCCUGGAAUCUCUAUCGGAGGCAGCUGCUUUCGCCAGACCGAAACAGCAAACGAGUGCCAAAAGCCUAAUCAGCAAUCCGGACGACCCGGAGGAUGAAGACGAGGAUGCGGAGGAGUUUCGCAUUGAUGAUGCCCAGCUCUCUGGUGGCCAGUUGGCGCAGCACUUCCUCGUGGAAAGCGAUGAGAGCUCGGAGCUCCUACCAGCCGGCUCCAAGGCGGAGGUCAGCCUCUCCUCCAACGAUGACGAUGACUUCGAUAUUAGUUUGCCAUUGGAACAGAGGAAGCCAGUGCACUCGUUGCACGAAGACGAGGAGGAGGAGUCAGUCGAGCAGUCGGAGGAUCACAGUUUAAGCAACCAGAGUACCACUGACGAUGUCUCCGAAUUGGUGGAAGAACCAGUCCAUGGAGGGGAAGACAAGACAGACGCCAGUGGCCAUCAGGAUACUCUGAUGGACGACAGCCAGGGGACCGAAGAGCAGGAUCACUCGAUGGAGGAAAUAGUGGCCACCAAUGAAUCCGUCGAAGUGACCUACGAAGCCGAGGAAACAGUCAACACUUCCCAGAAAGCAGAUUUGGUGACAGAUCUGGAUGAGGAGCCCGGAGAGCCGGUCAAGGAGGUUAUCAGACCCACAUCUACCGUGGAGACCCUGAAGCUGCCACCGCUUUUGGAGUCCCGAGUGAUGGAGAACAAAGCGGCCAAAGCUAUGUCGACUAUGCAUCUGCAACCAGAACUGAUGGAGGCCCUGGAGGUGACCAUUCUGGAGGCUAGUGAGGAGUUUGAGGAUGAUGAGGAUGACGAGGAGAGCUCCUUGCAACUGAUGAAGCUGCGUCUGAUGGCCAUGAAUCAGCAGAUGCUUGGAGACAGUGCUCCCAAGCUGUCGCCCACGGAGGCGGAGCAGACGCAAGUAGCUGGUGGCAGUUUGGAACUAAAGCAGAUGGAGCGAGUUCCACUUAAUGAGUUCUCCAAGGACGUGCUGGAGGAUAUCACCGAGGAGAGCGAACGACAGCUCUCCAUGAGCACCACCAUUGAAGAGGAGCAGGACCCACCUUCGCUGUCCCUGGAUGAGUCCAAAACGCUGCUCCAGGCAGGGGCAACUAAGGUUGGAGGCAGCAGUUCCAGUUUGGCCAGCUUAAACAUGCUGAGGCAACUGGAGGCCAAGGUCCAGGAACUGCACACCCAGCUGGAGACCAAGGACAACUGUCUCGCAUCCCUGAACCUUCAAUUGGAGGCAUCGCGAAGGGAAUCCAGUGCGGGUCCAGCGUCGGCCAGAGACACCAGCUCCUUGAUGACCAACUCCACGGAGUACCGUACGCUGCAGGAUGAACUUGGAGGACCGACCCUGGACAUCUACGUGGAGAUGUCGCGCAGAGAUGAAAUGAUUGCCAAGCUUACGGAUUCCCUGCAGCAGUCCCUGAAUGUGCGAGAAAAGCUCCAAACGGACGCAGAUCGCCUUGGAGGGGAAGUACAGAACCUGCGCCGCCAACUCCAAGAUGCCAUCGAAGCUGUGAAGCGCUCGAAUACUGUUUGGCCCGAGCAGGAAAGCAAUCCUGGCCAGCGUCUGUCAGAAAUCUCAAUGGACCUGAUAAGCGAAAGUGAUGAUGAUUUGGAUCGCCAUUUCCUGACCGACAACGAAGAGCGAGGAUCACGUAGCUCCAAAGAGAGGCAGCUGCCUAACAUGCAUCCCAUCGAUGACUUGGGUCUGGAGCACCUGAAUCCGGACUGGACUCCGGCUUUCAGCAAGCAAAUCGAGCAGUUCCACAGCUAUCUGUUGCCAAACGAACAGCGCAUUUUCCUGAUGGUCCAACGCAAGUUCGACGACUACUUGAGCCAACAGCUGGCCCUGUGCCGGGACCAGAAUGCCCAGGAGCUGAAGAUCGCCCGGGAUCAGUGGGAGAGUGAGAAACAGAGUAGCGAGCAAUCCCAGCAAGUGGCUCAUGCCAAGGAGAUGGAGGAGUUGCGGAAGUACUUCGAGCACAAGUGCGCCGACCUGGAGAAGCAGUUCUCCGACGAUGUCUUCUCGCACAAAUCCCAGAACCUGGGCGGUGAUAGCUCCUCGGAGUGCUCCGAGGUGGAUCAAAUGCCAGAGGAGAUGGUGGUGCCUGCAGUAUCUUCCAAGGAGCCAUCGCCACGGAAAAGGAAACGGGCAGAGCUGUUGCUCAGUCCCAGUCACCGUCAAAUGACGCCAUGUGGCCUGGAUUCUUUGGGGGAAACAAAUCAGAAGGAUGAAGCUGGUCGAGAUAACACUUUGGAAGUGGCUGACCUUAAGAUAUUCUACCAGACCCAUAUCCACGAGUUGAAAAGAGCUCACGAGGAUCAGGUGCGCAAACUGAACGAUCGCCUCAAGUUCUAUGAACGCCGGCAGGGAGAUGAUGACUACAAGCCUGAAGCCCAAUCACCCGCUCGUACCUGCCCGGAACUGGAAUCCGCGGAUAAAUCAUCCCCCGGAGGACUCGCCAACACCUCCCUCAUCAUCAUCGACGAGGAUGAGUUGAAUUUUAAUAACGAAUCUCAGGUUAUUCAGCGUAUCAUCGAGGAGUACGAGCGAAGACUGCAGGAGCAGUUGGCUCUGGCCCGGCAGGACAUCGCCAAUGAGCUGGAGCAGCACAUUCAGAAUUUGCUGUCGGAGAACACCGUGGACGAUCAGCAUUGGCCCAAGGAGCUGAUCUUGCUGCGGGAGAAGUUUACGGCCAAGAGUCAACUGGAGAUUACUCAGCUGAAUAUUAAACAUGCCGACGAGAUGUCGCGCCUGAAAUUGGAAUACGAGAAGCAGCUCAACCGGAAGAACAAGCGUCACCUCACCUUCGAUGCGGCCCGUGACCUGGAGCAGGUGAUCUGCGAACGAGAUGGUCUCAGGGAACUGUCGAAGAGUUUCCGCUCCGUGCUCUGCCGGCUGGCCAAGUGCGUGGCCAACUGCGAGGAGGAUCUGAAUGCCACUCUGUCGGAGGAGGUGCAGCGUCUGCUGCAGCACAGCCGCAGUCAGGAUGGAGGCGACGAUCUGGAGGUUACCCUCAGCAGCUCCCUGAACAACACCAAGCAAAUGCUCCGAGUGCCGGAUGUGCACAGCCUGCUGGAAGUGGUCGAGGAUCCCAGUUUGCUGCAGUUCAUCGACAGCAAGAGCAACGAAGAGCCCAGUGAGGACUUCGACUUGAACGACUGCCUGGAGAGGUUGAAGUCGGAGGCGUCGUACCUGCUGCAUUUGUCGGAGGACUUGCACAAGCAGCGUCCCCAAAACGAUGAGUCCCUGGAGCACGUGGAGGAGCAGGAGAAGCAGGAGCAUGAGCUGUGUUGCGAGGCAGAGGAUGGCCUGAAGACUACAGCUGCUGCAGUGCAGCAGGCGGUGCUUGCCAAAUUUCUGCGCACCAACUCCCUAAACGACCAGCAAAUGGGAGUGGCCAGCCAGCGGAAGAACAGUAACCCGGAGGCGGGAAAAACCCAUACCUCUCUGCCUCCGGAUCUUCAGCAGCAUGCCGGAAAUGCUUCAGAGCUCUCCUUCCAGCUGGUGGAGCUGAAGAACCGCUUGAUCAAGUCGGAGACGGAUCGUCAGAAACUGCAGCAGCAACUGACCCACACCAUCGACCGGAAUGCCGAACUGGGCCAGGAGCUGCAGGCUCUGAGGGACCAGUUGUCGCAGCUGAAUUCCCUAAACCACACGGACUACAACGAGGGCUAUGGCCUGGGAGCUCUGAAGAGCCUGGACCAAUCGUCAGCCAGUUUUGCUGCCCUCCAGGAGCGAGCCCGCCACCUGCUUUCCUCCUCCCCCGUAAAGGAGCAGCCGUCAAGGGACCAGGCCAAUUCCACUGUGGUGUUGCUCCAAAUGAUUGAAGACUUUUGCCGCGAGGGUGACAAGGUGGUCGAGUGCGGCAAGAAGGAUCGCGAAGAUCUGCAAUCUCAGAUCGAUACCGCUGACAAGCAGCUGAAGGAUACAAGGCGUUUCCUGGAGGAUCAGGCCGCCGAACGCGAACAGGAACGUGACGAGUUCCAGCGCGAAAUCGAGCGGCUGAAGGCUCAAUUACGUGACAAGGAGAAGGAGCACAGCUCCUAUGCCAAUGCCUCCGAGGAGUCGAAUUUAGCGAAGAAUAAGCAUUAUGCCCAACUGGAGGUCCAGUUGAGGGAAGUCAACCUCCAGCUCAGCGAAUCCAAUGCCAAGCGGGACAAAUUCGAGGUGGAACUGAAGGCCUCGAUCGACAAGAUCUUCGUCCUUCGGGAGAUCAUCUCGGAGCUGGAAACCCAAGUCCAGACCAAAGCCUUGAAUGAGCAAGUGCUGGCCGAAAAGGCCAAGCAACUGGAGGAGUAUGUCAGUCUGCAGAUUCGGGACAAUGAUGCACUGCAGCAGGAAGUUCACAGCCUGAAGACCGACAUCGGCGAGGGCUACCAAUCCAGGAUUCGCCUGCUGGAGGAGAAGUUGCAGCAGGGAAGGACCAGCGGUGAACAGAGUGCUGUCCUGGGGCAAGUGGCCGAAAAGCUGCGAGACAUUGAAACUACUCUGGAGCAGAAGACCAAAGUCCUAGAAUCGCUGCACAACUCCAACACCGCCUCUAAUUCGUGCAGCUUAAGUGUCACGGAGGACGUCUCCUGUCCUGGAAGCAGACCCGUGACUGCAGACGGUUCCCCCUCCCAUCCUCUCACUGUUGAAGGCGUCCAGCGGGUAACCGAAAAGCUGGACAAGCACACCAGGGUCGAGGAGGCGGCUAUCAAGAGGAUUCGUGACCUGGAGAUGCAGGUCCAACAAAUGCGCGCCGGCUGUGUGGAACUCCAACAUGAAAGGGACUCGCUGCAGGGGCGCAUGGACGAGCAGACCCAAAGGAUAUCCACGCUGCAGAACCGCCUGGAGGAGCAACGCCAGCGGGCCGAGCAACUCCAUAGGGCUGGCACCUCUGACCUGAAUACCCGGGUCCAUGAACUCCAGGGCGAAGUUCAGAACCUGAGCGAGCAGUUGGCAGCUCGGGACAAGCAAAUGGCCACUGUGCGGCAGCAGCUGCAACGCAGCAAGGAGGAGAUCAUGCGCCUGGAGGCGGAGCUCACGGUGCGCACCCAACCGGAUCGUAGUCUGGUGGACAAACUGGAGGCCGAAGUGCAGCAGAAAGGUGCCGAAAUAGGUAAGCUGAAGGAGAAGAUACGCACCGAGAUGAUCAACCGACUGGCACUGCCCGAUCUUAUGGAAACUAUGCUGGCGGACAAGAAUGAUGAAAUCGAUCACCUUCGCGAUCAACUGGAGGCCAAGGAGAAGGAGCUCCAAGCUGUUAACCAAGAGGGUAGUCUGCUUUCUACACCAGUAGCAGGACUAGGAGCGGGAGAUGCGGGAGGAAAACAGGACUCGGGUGGCAAGUCGAGUGCCCGCACACUGAGCGACAUUGGAUCGAUUUCAGAGUAUCCAGAACCGGAUGUGGACAGGAGAGCAGUGAUGCUGAGCCUAAAUGCUCCUGGCCUUCAUAUCAGCGAAGGCGCGGCUGGCUUCCUGCAUCAGACUAUGGAAACAUCCAAGGAAGCGGUUGCCAAUUUAACACACAAGCGCACGGACGAUUUAAGUGGCUUUGUGGCUCCUUAUCCAGUGAACACGUUCGAGCAUCCUCACUACUUCCAGGCCCUUGGCGUUACAGCCCAGAGUAGUGAUGGCCUCACUCCUGGUCUGGUGCCACGCCAAAUCAACUUCUCCAACCUCACGGCAGAGGAUUCCAAGCUGAAGACCCCAAGUCUCUUAAUACAGACCCCAGAUAUGCCCAAACCAACAACGCCAUCGGAAGUACAACAAUUGCGCCAAAAGCUAACUCUUUUGGAGAAGGAGAAACAGCGACAGCAAAAGGACAUGGAAACGAAACUGCAGGAUUUGCAAAACCAACUUCAGAUGGAGCAAGAGCAACUGGGUCGACAAGCCCAGAGCCUGCGCAGUCACCAGGAAAGUGAGCAGAAGUACAGACUCCGCAUUGAAUCUCUGGAGUCCAAGAUUCUGGAGGCAGCCGCCCAGGAGGCCGCCGAACGGGAGAACCUUCGCAGGGAACUGAACUGCGUCAGUGCUGCACAUGAGCAGUGCGAAGAUGCAGCUGCUGCCCGUAAAAGAGAACUGGAAACUCUUAAUGGCGAAGUGAAACUCAAGGCAGAUCAACUGCUGGCUGCUCAGCGACGCUGCACUGAGCUGGAACUCCAAGUUCAAAGCCUAGAAAGGGAUCUGGAGCGUCUCAAAAACAGCGACAAUAGCUCAAAGCAGUAUUCCGUGGACGAAAUUGCCCAGCAGGUGGAGAAGGAACUGAACUACUCCGCCCAGUUGGAUUCGAAUAUUCUAAAGGCCAUUGAGAGCGAGGAGGAGAACAAUCUGGACAAGAAGCUACUGCAGAAGGAGGUCCAAACAGAGGAGGAGCACCAGCCGGGCACUGGCAACGGCACCGAUGAUGAGAACUUCACCGGCGAACGGGAGCUGCUGAACCAACUGGAAGCCCUCAAAGCUCAGCUGGCCGUGGAGAGGGAACAAUGUGAGACAUUGAGCAAAGAGCUGCUGGGCGAGAAGCAGCACUCUCAGGAAAUCCAAGAGCAGGACGUAGUGAUAAUCGAGGCCAUGCGAAAGAGACUAGAAACCGCCCUGGACGAGGAGGAUGAGCUGCACAAGCAGUUGGAUCAGGAGCGAGAACGUUGUGAGAGGCUGCAGACUCAACUAACUUCCCUACAGCGAGCAGAAAGUCGCCGGAAUAGUUCUCUACUCCUCAAGUCCCCCAAUGAUUCUCCUCGCAAGUCCCCAAGAGCCGAUUUCGAGACAGAACUUGGAGAUCGCCUGCGCAGUGAAAUCAAACUUCUGGCGGCCCAAAACGAGAGGGAAAGGGAGCGGUAUGCCGAUGCCCAAAGAAGCAACGAGCGGGAACGCCAGCGGUUCGAGAAAGAGCUCCAAGAGCGGGUGGCCUACUGCGAGCGACUGAAACAAGAGAUGGAGAAGCUAUCGCGGGACAAGGAAUCAGCUGAACUCGAACUGGAGCACUUUAAUGAGCGCCUGACUCUGCAAGCCACUGAGAUCGAGAGUCUGGAGGCCAGACUUGUUACCCUCCAAGAGGCGGAAACGCGAAGAGCCAACACCCGCACCCGUCAGCACCAGGAAACUGUGAAACUCCAGGCCGAGAUCCAUGAACUGAAGUCAAGACUCCUGGCCGCUGAAGCUUCUCGAGACUGCCUGGACCAAAAGGUCACCCAACUGCGUUUCGAUGUGAGCCGCUCCAGUCAAAGGGAAGCCAAGCUGGCUGAGGCUCUGGCCCAGGCCAAUGAUCGUCUCGCUCACAGCACGGACGACAAUGUGCCGGCGCAAUUUCUGCAAAAGAUGCAGGAGAUCAAUGCCCUGGUGGCGGAGAAUACCCAGGAGAACAGACAGAUGGCUGAGACUGUUCAGUUUCUGGUGGGUGAGAGGAUUGCACUGCAGAAGAAGUGCGAGGAACUCGGCGGAUCUGGCAAUACCAAUGUGGCUGAGCUGGAGGAGCGUUGCCGGCAGCUAAUCGGUCGCUAUCUGCGAGUGGAGUCUCACCGCAAGGCAUUGGUCUACCAGAAGCGGUAUUUGAAGCUAACCCUAGAAGGCUAUCAGGCCAGUGAGCAGCUGGCUCUGCAGAAUCUCCGCGGAGGACCUCCGCCUGUAAAGCGAAAUAUUAAAAAGAAGUUCAAGACUGUAGCUCUGGCCAUUAUUGCCAUUCAGCGCAUCAAAUAUAUUGGACGCAUUUGGCACACUGGAAAGCGAAUUGUCAGCAAGUCGGUCUUCACCAUAACCCAGCAGAGAAACGGUCCUGGACUUAAUGUGAAUGUGGCACCGCCCCCCUCUCCACUGCCAGUGCCCAACUCGAAUCUACCCACCAAUAGCCACAGUAGCAACAACAGCAACCUGACGGGCCGACUUAAUUAUGCGCCCGUAUCGCCAACAAUGAUUAAUUAUGGCAACCUGCAACCGAUUGUGUUGCCGUCGGAUUUUGCCCUCCAAGCGCCAACAACAUCGUUGCACACCACCUUCACCUCCACCAGCAACAACCACAAUAAUAACAAUAAUAAUAAUAAUAGUAAUGAGAGCAGUUUGCCCUCAUUGGCCAGAUUGGAUUGGCCAACAAUGCAAAAACCGAAAAGAGCACAUGCGCGGCAUCACUGACCAGAUUAGGCCGCCAAAUGCUCAAAAGAUAGGUCUUAAUUUUAUUUUAAGCCAUAUUGAAGACACUUUAUAGAAUGCAGCAUCCAGGAUGUGGGACAAGAGAUCCAUUUUAGUGUUAAUUACCUGUACCAUUUCUCCCAUCCAUCUAGUUAUAAGCUGUUGUAACCUAUUUUAAGUGAAAACAACGCAUCCACACCAAACUCUAGGCAUGUAAUCGUCUGUAAGUGUUAUUUGUAUUUACCGCCCAAGUGUAGCCAUAAGCAUAAACCUAAUCCAUAUCCCAGUAUUUUUGAUUGGUUCGACUGACUAGAGUCGCUUACAGUUAGUUUUAUUUUUUAAUUGAUUUGCGUUCGACUGUAUAAGUUUCCUAAUAAGUUGAUUAAACCAAAAGAUUUAUUUGAACCCAGUA